UUGAGCGUUGUGUUCGCUCGCCCCCGCUGAUUAGCGCUGCCGCUAAAACAUCAUCGAAUACCGAAAAUCACUUCUUAUUCAACGUCCGAGUGGGAAAGGUGGUUUUUUCUGUGCUGUAAAACGAAUUCGUGAACGAACAAAGAUGUCUCGCUUUGGAUUACGAAGUAGUUCGGAUAUUUUCAAAGCAUCUGAGGAGCAGGCAAAUCGGAAGAAAUCAGGCACCGAUAAUAAAAUAGCAUUAAAACGAACAGGUCAAAGAAAAACGAAAGGUGUAUGUGUGGAAAUAGAUGAAAAGUUUAACGAGUCGCGCAGUCAAAAGGACGUGAAUCAGCCCUCUGUUUCUAUUGUAUGCAGUUUGCCACUAAAUCGGUUAACGGGGUUUAUAGAAAAGCUUAACACAAAUAAUUUGAACUUUGAAAUAAAAAAUCAACAUAACCAGAAAACUAACUUUUAUGAAGAGAAAUUAGGAGAGAGAGUAAAUUGGUGCGAAAAGCAAACAAAUAGAACUGCCUAUGACAAUGCUGGUUCAAAUCAUCAGGAAUUCGACGAGUGCACUUCAUCUUUGGAAGAGAGUGUCCGAAUUCUUUGUUUGUACUGUGAUAAAAAGUUCACGUCCUAUAAAAUGCAGCUGAAACAUGUAGAGAAGUUUCAUAUCCAAAAUAAGAAUCGUAGAUGUAGUGGCCGCAAUUCACAAAUGUCAACGCUUAGCGAUUCAAAGAAACAACGAGUAGAACCUUGUAGUGUUGCAUUAGCGAAAUAUCCCGGAUGUACAUAUUGCAAACGAUCUAAGACUCUUCAAAUAGAAGCGUCAACGAGAGACUUAAGUGGACUUUUUUUUCAUUUUAUUGAAUGCCAUUCGGAUAAGUAUUUCGGAUGCAAGAGGUGCGAGCAACGUUUUCAGAGCGGUGUAAAAUUGUCUCAACACAUGCAAAGUGUGCAUAAAGAUAUAUCCAUUUUACAAGAUGACAGUUCAAAAAACAAAGAUGAUUUGACAGUAUUGCUUGAAAAGGAGGAAUUUGAAAAGAAUAGCAGAGAAAAAGGAAGGAAUUCAAAAGCACGAUGUUCUAAAUCACAAAAAAAUACAAAUGUUAUGAGCAUUGUAGCUGCAAUCCCGGAAGAUCUUAGUCCCACUAAUUCCAACACAAUAAUGGGUGCGGAAGAACCCAUUUUGUCCAGAUUAGGUCUUGCCCAAAAUAGACUGCCGAAUAGCAGGAAAGGCGUUCGCUCGCGAAAAGACAGUAUUUUGUCAGAUUCGAUCUUGAAAACUGAUCAACCAUCUGUUUAUAUGUCAGCUGUGAAAGCUCGUAAUAAAUCUGGAAAAAACGCGAUUAGAGAAAGUGGCGAUGCUGAGGUAGUUUUUCGUAUGCCGACAAGGACGGAAAUAUUAUCCAGUGUCUUCGAUGAAAACUUUUACAGAGAUGUCCUUUCAAACGUACGAAAUAAUCUUUUAUACUUUUUGGAUGGAAAACUUCUGGGAAAUGUUGGCCGUGCCAUUAAUGUAAGUUCAAACAAUUCGAUCGUAAAACAUCAAAUACCACCCAUUCAAAGUACAUUAGCUGAAAGUCCUAUAGUUCUGGCCGGUAUUAAUGAUCUGAAUAGUGAGAUUCACGCCGCAACAAGUCUUUCGACAAUCACAGCUUUUCCAACACUCUUAACGGCAGAACAAUACGGAGGUGAUGCAACUUUAUCAAAAAUUCGCAGACCCCACACAAAACAUUCAUGGAAAUGGAAGUGGGAUAGCGUGAAGAAAUUCAAAUUAAUAAACGAAGGCGGAAAAAUAGUGAAGAAGAUGAAACAACCAACGCUGGGUCUGCGCGAUUUGUCAAAGCUCGAUAUGUGGACUCAACUUUCAAUGCGUCAAAAACAUGAAAUUCAGCAAUGCAUUUUAAAUACCCAUUCUUAUGCUAAUGGAAGCAUCCGCGAAGAAAAACUGCGCAUCAACGAACAAUUAAAUUACAUUCUUGAUAUGCGUUUACUACCUCAUAUUAUUUUGGAACAAAAUGAGCAAGCUAUAAUAAAAAUGGAAAAUGAAGAAUUUGGCACAGUAUCGUAUAUACAAACUACCGAUGAGAAUGGAGCCGAUAAUAUCCUUCGCCAAUCCUUUGCUGAUGAGACGUUUUUUUCCGUACUUAAACUUUUGCCAAAUCAUGAGCUUCAGUGUCCUCGCAAGCACCUCGUUUUGAGCGGGGAAUGGGCUCGGCCACGCUGCUAUCUUUGUAUGUGUUGUGGAGCCAAAUUCGAGAAAUUGAAGUCCUUAGAGGAGCAUAAAAUGUUUCGUCAUUCGCACGUACUCUCUACUCACUACGAAGUUGUUGGGCGAGAGUUACUGGCAGGCAACUCUCUGCGUCACUUAUUCAUACCCAAUCGGGCACUUAGUUAUUAUGGAAAUGAAAGUUACAACAGUUCCCACAUUGUACGCAAAUUGGGUUGGAGAAAAAAUGAGUUGCAGGAUACGAGUCAAAGAAUGAUAACAGGAUCCGCGGGAGAUGAUGAUUCCUCUGACAGCGUUCAAUCGACGCUAAAUAGCUGCACGGUAAAUACUUACAGUGCAAAACACAGUACAACUACAGAUGAGUGCGACACUGACACGAAAACAACAAUUGACAUAAACACCGUUUCCCCAUCGAAUAGUAUACAGUCAGCGAAUUCCCUAUUUACAGUACCAGAUAAAUUGCAUCUCAAAUGUAAGGAUGGAGGUACAGCCUCAACAAAAUGCUCCAAGUGUACCCGCAGGUGCAGUGGUACUUUGGAUUUGUACCGUCAUAUGCUAGAUUGUUCGGGUGAUUAUAUUUGGUCUUUGGCGAAGAAAAGAAAAUAUCGUUACUAUUGUGGGUCAAAAAAACGCCGCUCAUGGAAUAAGCACAACUUUGCAGAGUUACGGAAGAAGCGACCAAAAAUGUCUAAACCUUCACCUCCAUCGAACGACACUGAAGAAAGUGCGUCGUCCUCUAAAGUAAAAACUCCAUCUAGGCCACGUCCCAGUGAUGGUAAGUAUUAUAGUAGUAGUUGUACGGCAUUUUUUUUAAUUAUGAGAUGAUUUCGCCCCAGCGAAAAUAAAAUUAACUCAAGUGGUAAUUGGACUACAAAAGAAUUGGUAGACAUUUAUCAAAACCUACCAUAUAAAAAUC